AAUGUCACCUAUAGCUUUUGCAGCAAAGAAACUAAAGGUGGCAUCUAUAGGCUAAAGCAACAUUUAGUUGGAGCUUUUAGAAAUAUUAUAGCAUGCCGAAAAUGCCUUGAACAUGUGAAAGUAAAAAUUAGAGAGUUUAUGUAAAAGAAAAAAGACGAAAAGGAUGAUUUAAAUUUGCUGCUUGAUUAUGAUGAUGUUGUUUUGGAAGAUGAGGAAGAAGAUGAAAUUGUCAUGGUUGAUCCUCAUGGAAAGAAAAUUACAGAUCUGAGAAAUAAGGGCAAUAAAAAAUCAAGACAACAUGGUCCUAUGGAUGCCUUUUGCAAUAUUAGAAGAGAAGGAACAAGUGGAAACAAAGAAAUGGGAAAGCAGACCACUAUCAAUGAUGCAUAUAAGAAAGAGCUCAGAGAAAAAGCAUGUGCAGACCUAGCAAGAUGGAUGUAUGAAGCUGCAAUUCCCUUUGAGGCUAUGAAACUAGAUAGUUUUAGAGUUGCAAUUGAGUCCAUUGGACGAUAUCGGGUGGGCAUGAAACCUCCAACUGCUUAUGAAGUUCGGGUUCCUCUUCUAAAAAAAGAGGUAGCUCACAUUGAUGAGAUAAUGAAGAGUCAUAGAGAGGAAUGGGCAAGAAUCGGAUGUACUAUCAUGUCUGAUGGUUGGCAAGAUAAGAGUCAGAGGACAUUGAUAAACUUUUUGGUCAAUUGUUUAAAAGGAAGUAUGUUUAUUGAAUAUGUUGAUGUAUCUGUCUACAUGAAGACUGGAGAAAACUUAUUCAAAUUACUUGAUAGGAUGGUCCAAAAAGUUGGAGUUGAGAAUGUCGUACAAGUCGUAAUUGAUAAUGCAGCAAGUUAUGGAUUGGCCGAAAAUCAAAUGCCAUACAAGAAUCAGCUGCAGACUUUUGCACAGAGGAAAAAUGUUGAUUUACCGAUAUAUACCUAUAUUCGUGAGGGUUUACCUCAUGCUCCUCGCUUUAAGGCUACAGUUACAUUUAAUGGAAAAAUUUUUGAGAGUUCACAAUACUUUAGCACACUGAAAGAAGCUGAACAUGAUGCUGCAAAAGUUGCUUUGAUGUCUUCUCUUCCAGAAGAAAAUCAGCAGGGUGAGACAGGUUUCUACAAAAACCUUUUACAAGAAUUAGCUCAUAAAGAAGGCUUUUCCUUGCCAAAAUACACAACUGUCGGAGAUGGUGCAUGUCAUAAGCCCAGUUUCUCCUCCACUGUUGAGGUAGAAGGUGAAAGUUUCGAGGGAGAUGUUGCAAAUACUAAAAAACAGGCAGAAACGAAUGCUGCAAAGGUUGCAUGGUGUACGCUCAACGAGCGUAGAUUAAGCAAACUUCCUUCUGGUCUUCCCUCAAGUGGCCAACUGCAGAAGGAACCUUCAUGUGUGGUUUCAAGCUUAGAGUCAGCUGUUGUCAUGAAGUUGCACGAGCCAAGAGAUGUCUCAGUUCCAGUGUCACAGGUCAAGAUCGACAAAGUGGCUGAAGUUGCUUCAGAUAAGCUUGAACCCACCACAGCUGAUUCGGUGAAGGCUCUCCCUGACAAUCAGAAAACCUACUCACCCAGUGGAUUCGUGGAAAAUGAUGAUUCUUUCAAUGAUCAGUCUUCUGCUACUGUUCAGCAGCUCAAGGAUCCUGAAAUUACAAUGAUGAAAGCAGCUACAGAUACUGAACUUCCCAAUGCAGAAGGCACUUGCUCAUUAUUGUGUAACAGGAUUCGGGUAUAUCCACGUAAAACUGACCAGGUCUUGCCUGAAGGCGCCACCCUGCUGCCCUUUAGUGAUGAUAUGUGGGUGGCUGUCAGCUUAGACUUCUCAAACCGUGAAGUUCACUGUGAAUGCAGGUGGUGGUUUGGUUUGACCUGCUCCCCAGGACGAGACUGGAGGCCCAAAUUUCCAUUACAUCUCUGAUAUUAGCUUUUUCGGGUUGCAGAAAUUACAUAAGAUUUUAAAAAUAAUGCGGUACUUGAUUCCCCACAAGGGGAUCCAAGAGAUUAUACAUGGCUUGCCAUAAAGUGCAUUAAUUAUUUCCUAGUUUACUUUUAUUUGAACAGUUCAUAGGUUAUUACAAUAAUAUGAAAUAAUUUUGGGAUAUGAUCAAACUAAUAUUAAUUACUUGUUUGUAUCCAAAGGAACUGGAUGUCUACCUAUGGAAAGUUGGCCAUAUUUCCAA